AUGAGACCAAUGUCCAGAGUUGAAAGUCAUUCCUUCCAAGAUAACACACCUGACGCGUCUGACACAAACACCGUACAUCAGACUUCCAGCACACAUGGUGACACACUUGAGACCAAUGUGGAACAAUCCUCUCCAGUUACAGCUGUUGAAGACCAACUGACAUGUACAGCCAGAGUUGAAAGUCCUUCCUUCCAAGAUAACACACCUGAUGCGUCUGACACAAAUACCGUACAUCAGACUUCCAGCACUGAAGGGGACACACUUGAGACCAAUGUGGAACAAUCCUCUCCAGUUACGGCUGUUGAAGACCAAGUGACAUUUCCUGAUAUAGUUGAAAGUCCUUCCUUCCAAGAUAACACACCUGAUGCGUCUGACACAAACACCGUACAUCAUACUUCCAGAAAGGAUUUUGACACACUUGAGACCAAUGUGGAACAAUCCUCUCCAGUUACAGCUGUUGAAAAGCAAGUAACAUUUCCUGAUAUAGUUGAAAGUCCUUCCUUUCAAGAUAACACACAGGGUACGUCUGACACAAACACCGUACAUCAGACUUCCAGCACCGACGGUGACACACUUGAGACCAAUGUGGAACAAUCCUCUCCAGUUACAGCUGUUGAAGACAAACUGACAUGUACAGCCAGUGUUGAAAGUCCUUCCUUCCAAGAUAACACAACUGAUGCGUCUGACACAAACACCGUACAUCAGACUUCCAGCACGGAUGGUGACACACUUGAGACCAAUGUUGAACAAUCCUCUCCAGUUACAGAUGUUGAAGACCAACUGACAUGUACAGCCAGAGUUGAAAGUCCUUCCUUCCAAGAUAACACACCUGAUGCGUCUGACACAAAUACCGUACAUCAGACUUCCAGCACUGAAGGGGACACACUUGAGACCAAUGUGGAACAAUCCUCUCCAGUUACGGCUGUUGAAGAGCAAGUAACAUUUCCUGAUAUAGUUGAAAGUCCUUCCUUUCAAGAUAACACACAGGGUACGUCUGACACAAACACCGUACAUCAGACUUCCAGCACCGACGGUGACACACUUGAGACCAAUGUGGAACAAUCCUCUCCAGUUACAGCUGUUGAAGACCAACUGACAUGUACAGCCAGUGUUGAAAGUCCUUCCUUCCAAGAUAACACAACUGAUGCGUCUGACAUAAACACCGUACAUCAGACUUCCAGCACGGAUGGAGACACACUUGAGACCAAUGUGGAACAAUCCUCUUCAGUUACUGCUGUUGAAGACCAACUGACAUGUACAGCCAGAGUUGAAAGUCCUUCAUUCCAAGAUAACACACCUGAUGCGUCUGACACAAACACCGUACAUCAGACUUCCAGCACAGAUGUUACAGCUGUUGAAGACCAACUGACAUGUACAGCCAGAGUUGAAAGUCCUUCCUUCCAAGAUAACACACCUGAUGCGUCUGACACAAACACCGUACAUCAGACUUCCAGCACAGAUGGUGACACUCUUAAGACCAAUUUGGAACAAAGCUCUACAGUUAAGGCUGUUGAAGACCAACUGACAUCCAGAGUUGAAAGUCCUUCCUUCCAAGAUAACACACCUGAUGCGUCUGACACAAAUACCGUACAUCAGACUUCCAGCACGGAUGGUGACACACUUGAGACCAAUGUUGAACAAUCCUCUCCAGUUACAGCUGUUGAAGACCAACUGACAUGUACAGCCAGAAUUGAAAGUCCUUCCUUCCAAGAUAACACACCUGAUGCGUCUGACACAAAUACCGUACAUCAGACUUCCAGAACUGAAGGGGACACACUUGAGACCAAUGUGGAACAAUCCUCUCCAGUUACGGCUGUUGAAGACCAAGUGACAUUUCCUGAUAUAGUUGAAAGUCCUUCCUUCCAAGAUAACACACCUGAUGCGUCUGACACAAACACCGUACAUCAUACUUCCAGAAAGGAUUUUGACACACUUGAGACCAAUGUGGAACAAUCCUCUCCAGUUACAGCUGUUGAAAAGCAAGUAACAUUUCCUGAUAUAGUUGAAAGUCCUUCCUUUCAAGAUAACACACAGGGUACGUCUGACACAAACACCGUACAUCAGACUUCCAGCACCGACGGUGACACACUUGAGACCAAUGUGGAACAAUCCUCUCCAGUUACAGCUGUUGAAGACAAACUGACAUGUACAGCCAGUGUUGAAAGUCCUUCCUUCCAAGAUAACACAACUGAUGCGUCUGACACAAACACCGUACAUCAGACUUCCAGCACGGAUGGUGACACACUUGAGACCAAUGUUGAACAAUCCUCUCCAGUUACAGCUGUUGAAGACCAACUGACAUGUACAGCCAGAGUUGAAAGUCCUUCCUUCCAAGAUAACACACCUGAUGCGUCUGACACAAAUACCGUACAUCAGACUUCCAGCACUGAAGGGGACACACUUGAGACCAAUGUGGAACAAUCCUCUCCAGUUACGGCUGUUGAAGAGCAAGUAACAUUUCCUGAUAUAGUUGAAAGUCCUUCCUUUCAAGAUAACACACAGGGUACGUCUGACACAAACACCGUACAUCAGACUUCCAGCACCGACGGUGACACACUUGAGACCAAUGUGGAACAAUCCUCUCCAGUUACAGCUGUUGAAGACCAACUGACAUGUACAGCCAGUGUUGAAAGUCCUUCCUUCCAAGAUAACACAACUGAUGCGUCUGACAUAAACACCGUACAUCAGACUUCCAGCACGGAUGGAGACACACUUGAGACCAAUGUGGAACAAUCCUCUUCAGUUACUGCUGUUGAAGACCAACUGACAUGUACAGCCAGAGUUGAAAGUCCUUCCUUCCAAGAUAACACACCUGAUGCGUCUGACACAAACACCGUACAUCAGACUUCCAGCACAGAUGUUACAGCUGUUGAAGACCAACUGACAUGUACAGCCAGAGUUGAAAGUCCUUCCUUCCAAGAUAACACACCUGAUGCGUCUGACACAAACACCGUACAUCAGACUUCCAGCACAGAUGGUGACACUCUUAAGACCAAUUUGGAACAAAGCUCUACAGUUAAGGCUGUUGAAGACCAACUGACAUGUACGGCCAGAGUUGAAAGUCCUUCCUUCCAAGAUAACACACCUGAUGCAUCUGACACAAACACCGUACAUCAGACUUCCAGCACACAUGAUAACACACCUGAUGCGUCUGACACAAAUACCGUACAUCAGACUUCCAGCACGGAUGGUGACACACUUGAGACCAAUGUUGAACAAUCCUCUCCAGUUACAGCUGUUGAAGACCAACUGACAUGUACAGCCAGAGUUGAAAGUCCUUCCUUCCAAGAUAACACACCUGAUGCGUCUGACACAAAUACCGUACAUCAGACUUCCAGAACUGAAGGGGACACACUUGAGACCAAUGUGGAACAAGCCUCUCCAGUUACGGCUGUUGAAGAGCAAGUGACAUUUCCUGAUAUAGUUGAAAGUCCUUCCUUCCAAGAUAACACACCUGAUGCGUCUGACACAAACACCGUACAUCAUACUUCCAGAAAGGAUGUAGACACACUUGAGACCAAUGUGGAACAAUCCUCUCCAGUUACACCUUUGAAAAGCAACACCGACGGUGACACACUUGAGACCAAUGUGGAACAAUCCUCUCCAGUUACAGCUGUUGAAGACCAACUGACAUGUACAGCCAGUGUUGAAAGUCCUUCCUUCCAAGAUAACACAACUGAUGCGUCUGACACAAACACCGUACAUCAGACUUCCAGCACGGAUGGUGACACACUUGAGACCAAUGUGGAACAAUCCUCUUCAGUUACUGCUGUUGAAGACCAACUGACAUGUACAGCCAGAGUUGAAAGUCCUUCCUUCCAAGAUAACACACCUGAUGCGUCUGACACAAACACCGUACAUCAGACUUCCAGCACAGAUGUUACAGCUGUUGAAGACCAACUGACAUGUACAGCCAGAGUUGAAAGUCCUUCCUUCCAAGAUAACACACCUGAUGCGUCUGACACAAACACCGUACAUCAGACUUCCAGCACAGAUGUUACAGCUGUUGAAGACCAACUGACAUGUACAGCCAGAGUUGAAAGUCCUUCCUUCCAAGAUAACACACCUGAUGCGUCUGACACAAACACCGUACAUCAGACUUCCAGCACAGAUGGUGACACUCUUAAGACCAAUUUGGAACAAAGCUCUACAGUUAAGGCUGUUGAAGACCAACUGACAUCCAGAGUUGAAAGUCCUUCCUUCCAAGAUAACACACCUGAUGCGUCUGACACAAAUACCGUACAUCAGACUUCCAGCACGGAUGGUGACACACUUGAGACCAAUGUUGAACAAUCCUCUCCAGUUACAGCUGUUGAAGACCAACUGACAUGUACAGCCAGAAUUGAAAGUCCUUCCUUCCAAGAUAACACACCUGAUGCGUCUGACACAAAUACCGUACAUCAGACUUCCAGAACUGAAGGGGACACACUUGAGACCAAUGUGGAACAAUCCUCUCCAGUUACGGCUGUUGAAGACCAAGUGACAUUUCCUGAUAUAGUUGAAAGUCCUUCCUUCCAAGAUAACACACCUGAUGCGUCUGACACAAACACCGUACAUCAUACUUCCAGAAAGGAUUUUGACACACUUGAGACCAAUGUGGAACAAUCCUCUCCAGUUACAGCUGUUGAAAAGCAAGUAACAUUUCCUGAUAUAGUUGAAAGUCCUUCCUUUCAAGAUAACACACAGGGUACGUCUGACACAAACACCGUACAUCAGACUUCCAGCACCGACGGUGACACACUUGAGACCAAUGUGGAACAAUCCUCUCCAGUUACAGCUGUUGAAGACAAACUGACAUGUACAGCCAGUGUUGAAAGUCCUUCCUUCCAAGAUAACACAACUGAUGCGUCUGACACAAACACCGUACAUCAGACUUCCAGCACGGAUGGUGACACACUUGAGACCAAUGUUGAACAAUCCUCUCCAGUUACAGCUGUUGAAGACCAACUGACAUGUACAGCCAGAGUUGAAAGUCCUUCCUUCCAAGAUAACACACCUGAUGCGUCUGACACAAAUACCGUACAUCAGACUUCCAGCACUGAAGGGGACACACUUGAGACCAAUGUGGAACAAUCCUCUCCAGUUACGGCUGUUGAAGAGCAAGUAACAUUUCCUGAUAUAGUUGAAAGUCCUUCCUUUCAAGAUAACACACAGGGUACGUCUGACACAAACACCGUACAUCAGACUUCCAGCACCGACGGUGACACACUUGAGACCAAUGUGGAACAAUCCUCUCCAGUUACAGCUGUUGAAGACCAACUGACAUGUACAGCCAGUGUUGAAAGUCCUUCCUUCCAAGAUAACACAACUGAUGCGUCUGACAUAAACACCGUACAUCAGACUUCCAGCACGGAUGGAGACACACUUGAGACCAAUGUGGAACAAUCCUCUUCAGUUACUGCUGUUGAAGACCAACUGACAUGUACAGCCAGAGUUGAAAGUCCUUCCUUCCAAGAUAACACACCUGAUGCGUCUGACACAAACACCGUACAUCAGACUUCCAGCACAGAUGUUACAGCUGUUGAAGACCAACUGACAUGUACAGCCAGAGUUGAAAGUCCUUCCUUCCAAGAUAACACACCUGAUGCGUCUGACACAAACACCGUACAUCAGACUUCCAGCACAGAUGGUGACACUCUUAAGACCAAUUUGGAACAAAGCUCUACAGUUAAGGCUGUUGAAGACCAACUGACAUGUACGGCCAGAGUUGAAAGUCCUUCCUUCCAAGAUAACACACCUGAUGCAUCUGACACAAACACCGUACAUCAGACUUCCAGCACACAUGAUAACACACCUGAUGCGUCUGACACAAAUACCGUACAUCAGACUUCCAGCACGGAUGGUGACACACUUGAGACCAAUGUUGAACAAUCCUCUCCAGUUACAGCUGUUGAAGACCAACUGACAUGUACAGCCAGAGUUGAAAGUCCUUCCUUCCAAGAUAACACACCUGAUGCGUCUGACACAAAUACCGUACAUCAGACUUCCAGAACUGAAGGGGACACACUUGAGACCAAUGUGGAACAAGCCUCUCCAGUUACGGCUGUUGAAGAGCAAGUGACAUUUCCUGAUAUAGUUGAAAGUCCUUCCUUCCAAGAUAACACACCUGAUGCGUCUGACACAAACACCGUACAUCAUACUUCCAGAAAGGAUGUAGACACACUUGAGACCAAUGUGGAACAAUCCUCUCCAGUUACACCUUUGAAAAGCAACACCGACGGUGACACACUUGAGACCAAUGUGGAACAAUCCUCUCCAGUUACAGCUGUUGAAGACCAACUGACAUGUACAGCCAGUGUUGAAAGUCCUUCCUUCCAAGAUAACACAACUGAUGCGUCUGACACAAACACCGUACAUCAGACUUCCAGCACGGAUGGUGACACACUUGAGACCAAUGUGGAACAAUCCUCUUCAGUUACUGCUGUUGAAGACCAACUGACAUGUACAGCCAGAGUUGAAAGUCCUUCCUUCCAAGAUAACACACCUGAUGCGUCUGACACAAACACCGUACAUCAGACUUCCAGCACAGAUGUUACAGCUGUUGAAGACCAACUGACAUGUACAGCCAGAGUUGAAAGUCCUUCCUUCCAAGAUAACACACCUGAUGCGUCUGACACAAACACCGUACAUCAGACUUCCAGCACAGAUGGUGACACACUUAAGACCAAUUUGGAACAAAGCUCUACAGUUAAGGCUGUUGAAGACCAACUGACAUCCAGAGUUGAAAGUCCUUCCUUCCAAGAUAACACACCUGAUGCGUCUGACACAAAUACCGUACAUCAGACUUCCAGCACUGAAGGGGACACACUUGAGACCAAUGUGGAACAAUCCUCUCCAGUUACGGCUGUUGAAGACCAAGUGACAUUUCCUGAUAUAGUUGAAAGUCCUUCCUUCCAAGAUAACACACCUGAUGCGUCUGACACAAACACCGUACAUCAUACUUCCAGAAAGGAUGUUGACACACUUGAGACCAAUGUGGAACAAUCCUCUCCAGUUACAGCUGUUGAAAAGCAAGUAACAUUUCCUGAUAUAGUUGAAAGUCCUUCCUUUCAAGAUAACACACAGGGUACGUCUGACACAAACACCGUACAUCAGACUUCCAGCACGGAUGGUGACACACUUGAGACCAAUGUGGAACAAUCCUCUUCAGUUACUGCUGUUGAAGACCAACUGACAUGUACAGCCAGAGUUGAAAGUCCUUCCUUCCGAGAUAACACACCUGAUGCGUCUGACACAAACACCGUACAUCAGACUUCCAGCACGGAUGGUGACACACUUGAGACCAAUGUGGAACUAUUCUUUUCAGUUACAGCUGUUAAAGACCAAGUGACAUUUCCUGGAAUAGUUGAAAGUCCUUCCUUCCAAGAUAACACAACUGAUGCAUUUGACACAAACACCAUACAUCAGACUUCCAGCACCGAUGGUGACACACUUGAAACCAUUGUGGAACAAUCCUCUCCAGUUACAGAUGUUGAAGACCAACUGACAUGUACAGCCAGAGUUGAAAGUCCUUCCUUCCAAGAUAACACACCUGAUGCAUCUGACACAAACACAGUACAUCAGACUUCCAGCACGGAUGGUGACACACUUGAGACCAAUGUGGAACAAUCCUCUCCAGUUACAGCUGUUGAUGACCAAGUGACAUUUCCUGAUAUAGUUGAAAGUCUGUUCUGGGAGGAUAACGCAGAUCCAUGUACUGAUGAUCGAGUAGACAGUAGUUCUUGUGAUGAUGGCUUUGAAACGGUCGACUUUCUUAUGCUGCAGCAGUUGAAAGAAGUAUUUGUGUUUCAGGAGAAAUAUGAAAAAUUACUCGAAGCAAACAGGGAGCCAGCAGUGACAUACACCAGCAAAGAUGUACCAGCUGUGCCAGAACAGGUGCAGGUGACAUGCAAGGAGUUGCCAGUGGAGCCACACUCAAGCAGUGAAGAGUCGGCCUAUAUGGAGGCAAAAAUUGAUGGAUGGAUAUAG